CUCACAACCACAACGAACCGCCAUACCCACCUCCGCCUGCAACCACCGCCAAACCGUACACUACAUCUCCACUUACACCCAAGAUGUCCGGCGCCGCACAAGGAGGAGCUCCCACAACAAAAGCCGUCAGCGACGCACCGAACGGGCAACCGGCCGCCGUCUCCGCAAAGCCCGCGCCUCAGCUGGAGGAAGAUGACGAGUUCGAGGACUUUCCUGUCGAGGACUGGGGCGAGGAGGAGACACAGACCCACGGUGACAAGACGCACCUGUGGGAAGAGAGCUGGGACGAUGAUGACACAACUGAGGAAUUCGCGAACCAGCUGAGGGACGAGCUGAAGAAGCUGGGCAAAUGAAGCACCUAGCCUUACGACGAGACGAUGAUAGUUCAUAGGCCUCGCAACAAGCGUGCGAAGGCGAAAGAUGCUGUGGAAGAACCGAGGAUCAUCACGAUCGCGCAGAGUGCAUCUGUAGCAUUACGAGCAUCACGAUCAUAGAGCACGAUUUGGAAGUCAAUAACAGACAUCAAGCUGUCUUGAGAUGGGAAUUAAUUAAACUACAUCAAUCAUAACUUCGGAG